AAUAGGGGAAGACAAAGCUUGCUUAUUGGAUGUCAAAGAUUUAGAUGAGGAUUUUGAUCCAGAAGAGUAUGACAAGAUGAUGAAGGUGGCUUUUGGUGAAGAAUAUUACGAGAAAGCGGACGAUGCUCCUGAGUUCGGAAGUGAUAUGGAUAAUGAAGGUGAUGAUGAUAUCAAGAAACCUGAUUUUGAAAAAGAGGACGAGUUGCUUGGAUUGCCAAAAGGGUGGGCGUCAUCUGAGUCGGGCGGGCUUCUUAGCAGCUAAGGAAAGGAGUUUAGAACAUAAAAUUGAUAGUGAUCUGAGUAAUGAGGAUAAUGAAGAAGAGGGUGAAGAACAUGGCAGUGAGGAUGAACAAGGCAAAAAGGAAGAGGAAUCGGAAACUAUCUUUGUACACAAGCUAAAGAAGCCAUGAUGGAGGAAUAUUAUAAAUUGGAUUUUGAGGAUACAAUUGGAGACUUGAAGACGUGGUUUAAGUACGCCAAAAUACGACCUAAUCGUUAUGGAUUGAGUACUGCUGAAAUCAUGGCAUUGGAUGACAAUGAGUUGAAUCAGUUUGUUUCUAUGAAAAAGCUGGCCUCUUACAAGGAUGAAUGGAAGAUGCCGAAUAGUACUAGACAGCGCCUGAAAAUGAGGACUAAGGAACUCCUAAGAGGCAAACAAUUGGGUAAACAGAAAGGCAGCGUGACGAAGAGGAUGAAGAACAGCUCCGACAUGCACAUUGUGGAUAACAAUGAGAAUGACAAAGUACAGAUUGAGGAUUCAAAUGGCGAUAAGGGAUAUUUAUCGAGGAAAGCCAGGAGAAAACAGCGACAAGCUGAAUAGAAAUUGUCAGAUGCUCGGCUCCAGGGAUACGUCAAGAUGAUCUCGAAACCUAAGAGGAAAACAAAACACUAAUCAUUGGAAAUUAAUUGCCGUGCUUUAGCAGGUGAUUCUUCUUUUUAGUCAUUAAUGAGAUAACUUCUGUGUUUUAUUUCUUACAUCUUCACUCCUUGCGGUGUCUUGUUAUAGCAAACAAAGUACUGCAGGCAAACUUCAUUAGCCAUUCUAAGGUCUCUGAGUUUUGGAGAUGGCAAAAUCACAAAAAAGAACGGACCGUUUUCAGACAAUGACUGGAAAUCUGCGAAGGAAAGAUCAGGCGGCCUUCUUCCCCAUUGAGUAAAAGAAGCAAAGAAACUUGGACUUGCAAGGAGGCUCUGAAACCAGUUUCGAUCACGAAGAACACAGUUUGAAGCUCACAUUUCCCCCUCAAAUGUGCAGGAAACAAACAUAAAAUCCUGGCAUGAUAUCAACUAUUUCCAUUGCUUACAUGUAAAAGAAAAUGUUUUUGAGUAGUUGGCCUCUUAGUUAGGUGUAUAAAUUAUCUUUAGAUUUGGAUAAAUGUUGUGAUUCUGAUUAAUUUUAUAACAUAAAUUUUAUUAUAAUUGUCUAAUUAUUAAGUGCAAGUUUGUAGCUUAAAAUUAUUUAACACGCAAUUAUGAGCCAUCUCAACUUAAAUAAAUAGAAGAAUAAUCAUCUGUAGAAGGCGUCUACACAUGCGCUGUUACGCAGAACGCCUGUUCCAACACCGUAAGAGAACUGAAAAUUUGAAGGAAAACCAGAAGGACGACUCUGGAAACCAUAAAAUUUUUUAUUCGGAAGCUUUGGCCUAUAAUUUAUCAGACAAGAUGGAAGCUGAUGAACUAUAUCUUGAUCUCCUAGCACUGAGGCAACUCUACUUCUUUCUCUUAAAAUGCUGUUUGCGGGAUGCAAAUUCAGAACUUGUGGUGGGUGCAAGGGCAAAGAUUUUAUUGAAGCAUUUGCUCGAUGAUGCCACUACUGGACUUCUCGAGUUUCACUCGAAGACUCUGGCGUUUUACAACUUUCUACGCAAAGAUGAUAAACAGACAAAGCCACUGGACGAGAAAGUUGCUGAAUGGAUGGAACAUAAUCAAACUGCAAGAAGGAUGGCAAAUCCAGAGAAGAUUGAACACAAACCCCGAAGGGACAGAGCUUCAGCGUCAAAUGUUGCCGCUAAUGACUUAUCAAGUGGCAUCAAUUCAGCACUCAGAAGAAUUGAACUCCAUAUUUUAUCCCUGCAACGUUAUACAAGAAGCCAUAUCAGUGAAACUAAAUUAGCUUACUAUGGGCAGUCUGUUAAUCAAGGGAAUGAGUCAUUCAACCAGCAAAAAGUUAAGCCGAUGGUGGCAAACCAUUGUUCCAAGUUCGUGAAUGGAUUCAGAAUACCUCUAACUCAAGACAAGGACGAGGCCAUGAAACAGCACGAACUUGUGCUUCCACCGACUCUGAUGGAUAAAUCAGGAUGUCCAGAAGGAUCCAAAGCAACUGCCAGGCGCGCUAUGAAACUGAAUCGAACUUGGAUACAAGAAAAGAGGAGCAAGAAUUCUCGUGGUCGUAUUGUAAUGAAGCCAACUUUGUGGCAUCAUCCCUCCAGAGAAGUAAGAAAGGAACAGACUCAUCAUAACAGAAGACAUCUGGCGGCUCAGCAAGAAUCAGAAUUCACAAACUCAGAAUCAGCUUCUUGUUCUAGUCCGGCAACACUACAAACCAGUGAAAGUGAAACCACUGAUGAUUCUUCUUCACCAGAUAACCAAUCCAGUCCAACGGCAACUGGUUCAGAGGCAAGUAGCCAGUACGGAAACAGCAGUAGCAACAUUACAAGAAAAGCAUUCAAAUUCAGCCAUGGGAAGAAAGAGUCCAAUGGAGCAGUAGGACGGUUCAAGAGUUUAAGAAACAAACUGGGCCUUAUCUUCCACCACCACCAGCACCAUCAACACCACCAUCACCAUCAUCAUCACGGUCAUAACUCCAUGUGGAAGCAAGUAAGAACGGUGUUCCAUCGUACAGAUAAGAAAGAACUAACAAGUAAAGAAGAAAAAACUGGGAAGCUAAGGAAAACAACAAUCAGAAGUGUGUCUCGGAAUAACCAAGUUGGGAAGUUUCAAGCACUUCCUGAAGGGCUUCGAAGCCAUGUAUGGAAAUCGAAAGCCAUGAAGAAGAAAGAGCAAAGAGGGCUAAACUGUGGGAAGAAGUUGCAUUGGUGGAAAAUGAUUCGACGCCGCCGUGGAGUGAAGUUCCCCAAUAAAGGACGUGUGAAAAUAGGGUAUGUAAACAGAAAACCAGAUGUUAAGUUAAUUUAAUUUUUGUGGGACAUUUUUAA